AUGAGCCAAGGAAUUCAAGCUGUCCCCCGACCGGGCAACGAGUCGGUACGGGGCUAUGAGGCAUCAAGCCCGGAGCGCGCCGCGCUCCAGGCCGAGAUCACCCGCCAGUCCAACCAGAUCGUCGAAAUCCCGAUCAUCGUCGGCGGCAAGGAAAUCCGGACGGGGAAGCUCGCGGAAGUCCGUUGUCCGCAUGACCACUCUCACGUUCUCGCCCGCUAUCACGAGGCCACCCCGGAAAUCGUGGACCAGGCAGUGGCCGCGGCCGCCGACGCCUGGCACACCUGGUCCGAGCUCGACUACCGGGCACGCGCCAGCCUCUACCUGCGAAUGGCCGACCUGCUGGUCGGCCCCCGCCGUUACCGGAUGAACGCCGCCACCAUGCUGGGCCAGUCGAAGACCUGCCAUCAGGCGGAGAUCGAAGCGGCCUGCGAAUUCGCGGACAUGCUGCGGUUCAACGCCUACUUCCUCGACCAGCUCGUCCGGCAGCAGCCGGUGGGCGAGGCCGACCCCGGCGUCUGGAACUACCUCGAGUAUCGCGCCCUCGAGGGAUUCAUCUUCGCGGUGAGCCCUUUCAACUUCACCGCCCUCGGCGGGAACCUGGCGAUGGCUCCGGCGAUCAUGGGGAACACCAUCGUCUGGAAGCCCGCGGAGACCCAGAUGCUCUCGGCGUACUACCUGAUGGAGCUCUACAAGGAAGCCGGCUUGCCCGACGGCGUCGUGAACAUGCUCCCCGGCCACGGGCCCACCAUCGGCACCCGGGCCCUGGCCCAGGAAACCCUCGCCGGCGUUCAUUUCACGGGCUCCACAGCCACUUUCCAGCACAUCUGGAAGACGGUCGGCGAAAACAUCGCGAACUACCGUUCCUACCCCCGGGUCGUCGGCGAGACCGGCGGCAAGAACUUCGUGGUGGCCCACGAGUCCGCCGAUGCGGAGGCGCUGGUCGCCAACUUGAUUCGGGGCGCUUACGAGUUCCAGGGACAAAAGUGCUCGGCGGCCUCCCGCGCCUACCUGCCGGCCAGCAUGAAGGACGCGUUCCUGGAGCGGUACCUCGCCGAGGCGGACACCGUGACCAUGGGCGACCCCACCGAUUUCGCCAACUUCAUGGGAGCGGUGAUCGACGAACGCUCCUUCCGGAAGAUUUCGGGCUACCUCGACAGCGCCCGAGAGGAUCCGUCGUGCACCGUGAUGCUGGGCGGGAACGCCGACCGGUCCGUCGGCUGGUUCGUGGAACCCACGCUGGUGGUCACGGACAACCCGCAGAAUCGGCUGAUGACCGAGGAAAUCUUCGGGCCGGUACUGACGGUCUACUUCUAUCCGGACGCCCAGUACGCCGAGACCCUCGACCUGUGCCGGAACACGUCCCCGUACGGUCUGACCGGCGCGAUCUUCGCGAACGACCGGUUGGCCACGGAACAGGCGUACCGGGCGCUUCGUCACGCUGCCGGCAACUUCUACAUCAACGACAAACCCACCGGCGCCGUGAUCGGCCAGCAGCCUUUUGGCGGAGGCCGGGCCUCGGGGACGAACGACAAGACGGGCCUCGGUUCCCACCUUCUCCGCUGGACCAAUAUCCGCACGGUCAAGGAGAAUUUCGCUCCGGCGAAGGACUACCGCUACCCGUUCCUGAGCGCCUAG